AUGGCUUCCCAAAUCAUGGAGAUCAUCAUUUUUGACGUACAGCCUAUCAUCACCAUCAACCCUGACUCACUACUCACUAACAGCGUGUUGAAUGACGCGCUCUCCACACUAAAGCAGCAAAACGGUGUGCGAGCAGUCCAUUGGGGCCAGACCAUUGAGUCCCAAAACAAAGUGUACCUAUUGAUCGACUGGAUCGCAACUCAACAUUGUGUCAAGUUCAAACAAUCUACAGGUUUUGCAGCCUUUCAGAUGAACCUUGAUCUCAUCAUCUUAGGCGCUCCUCGAAUGCUUUAUGCACCCAUUGCUCCACAGAUGUAUCCACAAAUAUUUAACAAUGUCUUGACAGAGAUUGCGAUAUUCUCUUCCUAUAACUUGAGCUUCAUUGACACAUUUGACAGAUUUUCAUCUGUGAUCAAUAGGUCUCAGGGGUGUACUGGUGUUGCGAAGGGUAUUGCAACAAAUGAAGUUCCAGGAGACGUGGGAGAGGGAGGAAGUGAGAAGCUCUAUGUUGCGAUAAUUGGGUGGUUGGAUCUGGCAACGCACCGUACAGCAAUGGAGUCAGUGACGUUUAAAGAAAACGUCCCGCCAGUGGAGGCUUGUGUUCAAGUCAUCACUGUGUAUCAUAUAAAACUGGUCACAGUUUAG